AUGGCACACACGCUUUCCAGAGAAGUGAAGUCGCUGUUCACGUCGUUACGCUCUCCUCAUUCCGGGGGGGUUCAGGGACCAGAUGCUGUCGUGAAACAUUCCGACAUCACGGGCACCAAGUCAGGUGCUUCCUCUGUUGCACAAUCAGCGAUCUCAUCACCAGCCUCGUUCGAGCAACCCAUUUUGAUCGAACUCUUCCAGUCCCAAGGCUGCAACUCCUGUCCUCCCACCAACGACAAUCUCAUCUCCUUUGUUCAAUCCCACCAGUCUUCGCACCGGGAUACGCCGUCGCCUCGCUUCUCCGCCAACCGAUCUCCAGCCUCGUCCCUGACGGCCCUCCCGAAUUCGUUCCCGGGGCCAGAAUACUUGCUGCUCACGUACCAAGUAACGUAUUGGAACUAUCUGGGCUGGGCAGACACUUUCAGCUUACCCAUCAACGACGCCCGUCAGCGAGAGUAUGUGAGGAGGAUGGGGUUGCGUGCCGCGUACACGCCGAUGGUGGUGGUGAAUGGGCGAGGCGUCGGCGUGGGUAACACCCCAGGGGAGCUGGAGCGCAUUGUACGGGCAGGCCGAAAGCCCGCGGACGAGACGGGAAGUGUGGGCUUCAAGCGAUCCCUAGAAGGGCAAGACAACGGAGAGCUGGGAGUCGACGUCGACGCAACAAGCCUCCCACCGUCGUCCUCGCAAUCUCGCGCCCAUCCACUCGAGGUGUGGGAAAUAACAUACACGCCCAGCUCACAAGACGUGCACAUCCGUCGCGGUGAGAAUGCUGGACGCACGCUCGCACAUCUCAACGUGGUCAAGGACGUGCGGAGGAUGGGGACUGUCGAGCGGGGGACCACGCAGCGUUUCACAGUCCCAUGGCAGGGGGCCGAGAGGCGGGCAAGCCUGGGACUGGGAAAGGUGGUGAUUGUGCAGGACGGGAAGGGCGGUGAGAUCUGCGGUGUCUUGAAGCUGUGA